AUGGCGUCGCGGCCGUCGCUGAAGCCGAAGCCGAAGGGCAAGGGUGGGAAGAGGGGCUCGUCCGCGGCCGAGGACGAGCAGUCCACGGCGGCGGUGGCGGUGCAGCUCGCCAAGGAGUGGAGCACGUGGACGAUGAAGACGGCGAAGGUGGUGGCGCACUGGGGCUUCAUCCCGCUCAUCAUCGUCGUCGGCAUGACUAAGGGAGACGAGCCCAAACCUAGCUUGUUCCAGCUUCUGUCCCCCGUCUGA